AUGUCUGGAAGAAUUGGGCCAUGGACCUUUUCCGGAGACGCCCUGGCGAAUGCCGAGCAAUUGCAAGUGGAAGCCAAUGGCCAAGCAUCUCAUGAGAUUACCGAGGAUGACGCUGACGACGUGUGGAGUUCACCCACAGAUCUUGCAGAUCUCACCCUGCAGUGCGGGCGUCGUGGCGACAGCCUGAAACUCUUCCUGAGCUGGUGGUACUAUGGAACAUUAGGAUACGCGUCGAAGAUCGAGAAUGCGUACUCAAUCGUAGCAUAUUUUGCUGAUCUUGUCUCGAGAAACGAAAACUUCCAGCUAGUCAGCGAGAACCCGCCGCCGUGCCUUCAAGUGUGUUUCUACUACGCCCAGUGCAACAAAGGGCGACAAAGUCAAAAUCGGAAAGAGAAAUUCCAUCAUAAUGACAAUAAUUAUACGUUCUGUCGUCCGGAAAGGAUUCAUGAUUGA